CGGUUGGUGGCGGCGGCGCUGUGCUGACUGGGCUGGGCCGGGCAGCGGCAGCGACGGCUGAGGUGGUUAAAGAGGCCACUGAGGCGCUGACUGAGUGGCCGGCAGGCGCCUGUAGCCUCGAGCAGCCGCUUCGUGCCGCCCGGCACUCCCCGGGCAGCGGUGGGCCGCGGUGCGCAGCCUGCCAGGGAGCUGCGGCGGGCACACCCCGGCGGCGGCGACAGCGGACAGGUUAGAGUGGGGGCAGGGACGGUCGCGGGAGCAGUCGGGGGCCGGAGAGGGAGCCCGAGCCAGGCCAUCGCCAACCAUGUCCGACGAAGCGUCAGCCACCACUUCGUACGAGAAGUUUCUAACCCCCGAGGAGCCCUUCCCGCUUCUGGGACCCCCUCGCGGGGUGGGCACCUGCCCGAGCGAGGAGCCGGGCUGCCUGGACAUCAGCGACUUCGGCUGCCAGCUCUCGUCUUGCCAUCGCACGGAUCCGCUCCACCGCUUCCACACCAACAGGUGGAACUUAACUUCCUGUGGAACAAGUGUGGCCAGCUCAGAAUGCAGUGAGGAGCUGUUUUCAUCAGUUUCUGUUGGAGAUCAAGAUGAUUGCUAUUCCCUAUUAGAUGAUCAGGACUUCACGUCUUUUGAUUUAUUCCCUGAGGGGAGUGUCUGCAGUGAUGUCUCUUCUUCUAUCAGCACAUACUGGGAUUGGUCAGAUAGCGAAUUUGAAUGGCAGUUACCAGGCAGUGACAUUGCCAGUGGGAGUGAUGUACUUUCUGAUGUCAUACCCAGUAUUCCAUGUUCACCUUGCCUGCUUCCUAAAAAGAAAAACAAGCACCGGAAUUUAGAUGAACUUCCUUGGAGUGCAAUGACAAAUGAUGAACAGGUGGAAUAUAUUGAGUAUCUGAGUCGUAAAGUCAGUACUGAGAUGGGUCUUCGGGAGCAACUUGAUAUUAUUAAAAUAAUUGAUCCUUCUGCUCAAAUCUCCCCUACAGACAGUGAGUUUAUUAUUGAACUUAACUGUCUCACAGAUGAAAAACUGAAGCAGGUCAGAAACUAUAUCAAGGAGCAUAGCCCUCGCCUACGGCCUGCAAGAGAGGCCUGGAAGAGAAGCAACUUUAGUUGCGCAAGCACCAGUGGAGUGAGCGGUGCCAGUGCCAGUGCCAGCAGCAGCAGUGCCAGCAUGGUCAGUUCUGCAAGCAGCAGUGGGUCCAGUGUUGGAAACUCUGCUUCAAACUCCAGUGCCAACAUGAGUCGAGCACACAGUGACAGCAACUUGUCUGCAAGUGCAGCAGAGCGGAUUCGGGAUUCAAAAAAGCGAUCCAAGCAACGGAAGUUACAGCAGAAGGCCUUGCGCAAGAGGCAGCUGAAAGAGCAGAGGCAGGCUCGGAAGGAGAGGCUCAGUGGGCUAUUCCUUAAUGAAGAAGUGCUGUCCUUGAAAGUGACUGAGGAAGACCACGAAGCAGAUGUAGAUGUUUUGAUGUAAUAAGGGUGAAUUUAUCAGCGUUCUUUCUAAGCAUUAUUCUAUCCUUAUUUGUUUACAUGCAUCUUGACCAAACUUUUGUUGGUUAGGGCUGUGCUGAUGUACUAUUCAUAAUUUAGGUCUGUGGUUCUCAGCAGGUGGUCCUCAGACCAGCAGCUUCAGCAUCAGCUGAGAAGUUAUUAGAAAUGCAUACUCUUGGGCCCCACCCCAGACCUAGUGAAUCAGAAAUGCUGUGGGAGGGGCCUAGCAUUGUGUUUUAACAGGCACUAGGUUAUUCUGCCACACACUCUAGUUUUAAGAACCACUGAUUUAGUAAAUGUUUUGACUAUUUAAACUUCAGGGUGGUUAAGUGGGCUUUUUCAAAGACUAGUACUUUUACAGUUUAGAAGACUUUAAGGUACUGCUGACAAAUAGUUUAUUAUGUCAGUAUACAUAUGUAGAGAUCAUAAUUCAGUUUCCUUCUUAAUGUUAUGAUUUCUUAGUUUAGUUUUUCUAAAGGGCCAUAGCAUAAUUCUCAAUUCCUAGUGGACAUCUUUUUUCCAGGUUGGGGUAGGGUGUGGAUUGCUGUUUACAAUAGUGCCUUCAUUAGGUUUAGUUCUAUCUGUUUUCAUUCAUUAUUAACUCAAAGGUGUAAAAACAGGCCCUGAUAUCUUUCGUUAGGUUUGUUUUUGUUUUCCACUUUAUGUAAAUUCAGAAUCCUUUCUGCAAGUGAUGACUACUGAGAAAAUAAUGUUACUAGUGGCUGAAUUUUAGACUUGAUGCUAUGUUGAUUAAUAUUCAAAUGGAGAAAUCAA